CUGCCAGUCAUCAAUACCACUGUGUGAAUUGGCUAAUCAUAUUGAUGAGUGUAAACAAGAAACAUCAAGGAACAAUGAAGAGGACAUGGAUGAGGACAUAGCAAUGGCUAUACAACAGUCUUUACAUCAGGAGAUGACAACUGUGCAACAGCAGUCAAUAAUCGAUAUACAGCAGGAUGGAACAUCUUUGGGAGUAAUGACACUUGUGAUAAACUCCUGAUUCUGGUUUAAGGACUGUCCUUGAAGACCUACAAAAAGGUCUUCAGAGUGGUUCUGCGCCGAUCCACAACUCUCUUCAUGUGUGCAGAGAGUUCAUAAUGGAAGGUUCUUUUAGAGCUUUUCGACGUACACGCUUCAACCCCCUUCAUCAACUGACAGUAACAUUUGUGGAUGUCGAGGGAGAAAGCGAGGGGGCUGUAGAUGAUGGUGGUCCCAGCCGCGAGUUCUUGCGGCUCCUUGUAGCAGCGCUGCGAGACAGCCGAUACUUCGAAGGGCCUGAGGACAGGAAAAAUCUUUCCCUUGUAUCCCGGGGUCUACAGUUUGGGGAUUAUAAAAUAAUUGGGCAAAUGCUGUCCUUGGCCCUUCUCCAAGGAGGAGUACAGCCCUCUUUUUUCUCGACAAGACUGUAUUCCCUGUUGUGUGGGCAACAAACAGGCCCAGUGUCAUUGGAAGAAGUUGGUGACUGGGAACUGCGCCAGCACCUUGAGAAAAUCAAAGCUGCAGAAAACUUGGAGGAAGCCCAGCAGGCUGUUCAGGAAGCCUCGCCAUUACUGUGUCCCCUGGGCUGUGCAGGGUUUCUUCCUGACAUGGAGAGCCAGCAUACUUUUGUAGAGCAGGCAGCGAGGGCCCAUGUUGAAGGUCGCAUUAAACCUGCACUGGACCA